GUCUUUGACUUUGAGCCCUCAGUUUUCCACCGGGCACUGUCUCACGCGCUCCAUUCUCAUUUCCUCUGUGAACUCUUGUGUACCAAUUUAAUCACUUCCGCUAUUGUCACCGCAGCUCUAUUUAAAAUUCAAAGUCGAUCGCUAUCGAGGAUGAUCGGUCCACGUGAAACGAGUCUCGGUAUGGUUCAGUAGUGAUGAAAGAUGCGCGACGCGAAGGAAGAAGCAUGUGUGUGGUUGCCUAAAUCCUAACACCCAAGUGCGAACACUGUGAACGAUGGUUGACUAUUACAAAGUACUAGAAGUGCAGCGAACCGCCACGAGCGGGGACAUCAAAAAGGCAUAUAGAAAAUUGGCAUUGAGAUGGCAUCCAGACAAAAACCCUGAUAACCUGGAAGAAGCGAACAAGAGAUUCAAAGAAAUAUCCGAAGCAUACGAAGUCUUAAUUGACGAUGCGAAGAGACGAACCUACGACCAACGAUUGUAUCAGAAGGCAUCCUCGAGGCCCGGCCGUGGAUUCACCUACCGGAGUUUCUUUGACUCCCCUUUCCAGCGAUAUUUCGAAAAGAAAAGAAGGGUCUACGAUCAGUAUGGAAAGGAAGGACUUCAAAUGCCCGGUGGUAAGAGGCGACACAAGGAUGACUUUGAUCCACACUUCACUGGUACCUUCAUGUUUAGAGACCCUGAGGAAGUAUUUAAAGAAUUCUUUGGUGGCACUUCUUUCGAGAACCUGUUCUCUGACCUUGCUGAAAUCGGUGUGCGCCUCGGACCCAACAGGCAUAGUCAUCCAAGCAGUAACAGCAUUAGCACGUCAUUCUUUGGUCCGUUAGGAGUUUCUCACUUUGGUUUCUCACCAUUCAACAACUUGUUUGAAGGUUCGUCAGGAAACUUCACCUCGUUCAAUGCGUUUACGAGUUUCGGUGGAGCCAGCGGUGGAGGUGCUGUGAAACGGACAAGUACUUCAACUCGAUUUAUCAACGGCAAAAAGAUCACCACCAAAAAGGUUUUCGAAAAUGGAAAGGAAACAAUAAUGUCGUACGAGAAUGAUGUGCUAAAGUCGAAGACGGUGAACGGCGUGCCACAAUCAAUAACGUUUGACGAGUCAUCGACUAGUCGCCAGCUAAUCGACAGUGCCAGCGAUAUCUCGAUGGCUGGCCAGAACUCGAGAACAGUCCAUGGUGACCAUCAGAAGGCUAGCAGAAUAAAGACGCACCAUCAUCCACUUCUCACUAAGAAGCACGAUAAGAGUAAGAGAAAAUAGAGGCAACACUUUUGCAGCCUUCUCUCAUUCGUUUUUUUGUCCGUAUCUUUUUCAUUUUAGUCUCUUCGUUUUAUUCUUUUUUUUUCGAAUUAAACGCAUACAUACAUAAACAUACAUUAUAUACGUACGUACGUGUAUCAUUUACGGAACUGAUGUUGUAAAUUAUAUCAUUUCUCGCAACGUCGCUUUUGCUAUUGUCUAAAUAAUCGGGAUUAAAAAAAAAGAAGAAAAACUCUUCGUGAAUUAGCAUUGACUGAUCACAAAUGUUCGAUUUGAUCAAUAAAUAAAAAAAAAAAAAAAUUCGCUGCAAAAUUCAUUGUAAGAUUUUGCAUCGAAAGUGGCAUGUUUAAUUGAUUCUCGUUCGCUGUUGAGAGAGAGAGAGUGAGAGAGAGAGAGAGAGAGAGAGAAAAAGAAGGCCCUUCUUUCUGCAAAGGAACAGAGGGAUGUUGUUACUACAGAACAUUCUGUUGCGUGUUAUAGAUAGCGCGUCGUUUCCGUUUAAAGUCUGGCGUGUUAUGUUUAAUACGGUAAGUUUCGCUUAUCCUAGAUUCCUUAGACAAUUAAUUUACUACGUCGUAAGUUAUAUAAUUGCUAGAUUUUUAUUUGUAAGUAAGCUGCACGAAUUUCGAGCGUGCAUUCACACAGGAACUUCGACUGAGUUUAAUCGAAUUUAAAUUGUUAAAACAUACACGUACACACGAGGCUGAAUUUCAUCACGCGUAUAUUCGUUUAGGACAUCACGAUGGACUUGCAGCCGUAACAAUUGUUCUUACAGGAUAAAAUUGUAUUACGAGAAAUUUUACUACAAUGGAUCUUUUCCUUCGUUUGUUUUCUACUCGCGGUGAAGCAUUCAUGAUGAAAGAAAUGUUCCUUUUUUUUCUUUGUAAUCGAUUCGUGAGAAAAGAAUUGAAACAUAUACAGGACUAUUCUUUUCUGUGGCAGAAAUAUUUCUUCACAAGCAAUUUAUGUGUCGUAAUUUUAUUUGUUUACGUUAGUUAAUUUCAUAUGUAUCUGUAUAUAAUAAGGACAAAAAUGUUAAAACUGAACGUGGAGAAGAAAAAAAAAUACAUCAUUAAUGUAUGGUAGUACAUUUCAUUACUCUCUAUCGAUAUCCAACACUAUGUCUCGUCUCUGAUGUUCUCUCUUUUUGUUUGUAACAACAUUUAUCUCAAGGUGGGAUACUAGUAUAAAAUGUCAAAUUAUAACAAAGUAUUUACCACUUUAUUUUGAUCUUUUUUCUCAGCUUUACUGAUAUUUAUAAUAUUCAUACAGUGAAAUUCAUUUAUAAAUCGAUAUUUAUAUAAAGAAGAUAGGCGAGAAAUGUAAAAGUUAUCCAAAACGAAGGGAGGACUACUUCUUUUUUUAUAUUUUCACCGUUAUACGCUUCGAUGUGGUAUUAAAACUCGUGUAUAUGUAUUCGAAAGAUAAAUAUGUUAACAGUUGCAUGUCGGUGAGUGAAUAUAGUACAUGUAUUGACUCCUCGCAAGUCAACAGCAUCGACGUUGUAAAUAGCUAAUCAGUGAUAGCAAAAUAAAUUCAGCUACCACAAGAA